UGGACCGAAAGAGGUGGUGUGCUCGUGUGCGUGAGUGCGCGGCUCGGGCAAGCUUAAGUUCGAACAAACCGCGGGCGGCUCGCUCAGUGCCGCUCCGGCGUCUUAGCUCAGCACCUCGACUGGGAACUCACAUCCGAAUCGUUGGGUACAUAUUAUAUACACUACACCGCACCACGUUGCCCACGAGAGAAGGACACGCAGGUUCGCGGCUGUCAUGGGCCUCUAGUCCAUAAACCUGGUGGCCGUUCCCGAGGAGCCGCUGAUCAUCCACUGUUUUUCUCCGUCGCACGUGCUGGAAAUCUUCGCGAAGGACUGUCUUUUCAUCACCCUCUUGACUCUCCGAUUGACCCCCCUCGCAAAAAAAAUAUAUACAUAUAAAAUAAAAGCCGAGCUGUUCACUUUUUUGCUCGUAUGAACGAUAGUAACAACAAUUAAAAAUGUCUCGGACAGAGUCGAGAAGUUACACGUCUAACGGCAGCAUGAUCGUCGUGAGCAACAGGUUGCCCUUCGUCCUCAAGAGGAACGACGUCACGGGCAAGCUCGAGCGCAAGGCCAGCGCUGGUGGCCUCGUUACCGCGGUAGCGCCGGUCGUGAUAAAUGGAAAUGGAGUGUGGGUCGGUUGGCCGGGAAUGCACAUGGACAACCCCGACGAGCCGAUUCCCGAAUCCGAUCCCAACGACAGAACACCCACCGCUGGAUUGUCGUCCAAAAAGGUGGUGGCCGUGCACGUCGAGCCGUCGGUCUUUGACUCGUAUUACAACGGGUGCUGCAACGGCACCUUCUGGCCGCUCUUCCACUCGAUGCCCGACAGAGCGACCUUCAUCGCCGACCACUGGAAGGCCUACAGCACCGUCAACGAGGAAUUUGCCGCAAAAACGGUACGAGCCCUCGCGAUGAUUCACAAGGAACAGGAGGGCCAAGGUAGCGGCACGCCCCUCGUCUGGGUGCACGAUUACCACCUGAUGCUCGCGGCGAACUGGAUACGGCAGGCGGCCGACGAGAAGAGCCUCAAACUGAAGCUCGGCUUCUUCCUGCACAUCCCCUUCCCGCCCUGGGACAUAUUCCGGCUGUUUCCCUGGGCGGACGAGAUCCUCCAGGGCAUGCUCGGGUGCGACAUGGUCGGCUUCCACAUCCAGGACUACUGCCUGAAUUUUGUCGACUGCUGCCAGCGCAGCCUCGGGUGUCGGGUCGACCGGAAGAACCUCCUGGUCGAGCACGGCGGCCGGACGGUCCGCGUGAGGCCUCUACCGAUCGGCAUACCCUUCGACCGGUUCGUCUCGUUGGCCGAGACGGCGGCCAAGGUGAUGCUCACCAAUCAAAAGAUCGUCCUCGGCGUUGACCGGCUCGAUUACACCAAGGGCCUGGUCCACCGGCUCAAGGCCUUCGAGAUGCUGCUGGAGAAGCACCCCGAGCACCGGGAACAGGUGACGAUGCUCCAGAUAGCCGUGCCCUCGCGCACCGACGUCCGCGAGUACCAGGACCUAAAGCUCGAGAUGGACCAGCUCAUAGGGUGUAUAAACGGGCGCUUCACCACCCCGAAUUGGUCGCCCAUACGGUACAUAUACGGUUGCGUCAGCCAAGACGAGCUGGCGGCGUUUUACAGGGACGCGGCCGUCGCCCUGGUCACCCCCCUCAGGGACGGCAUGAACCUCGUGGCCAAGGAGUUUGUCGCCUGUCAGAUCAACACGCCCCCGGGGGUGUUGAUCGUCUCGCCCUUCGCCGGCGCCGGGGAGAUGAUGCACGAGGCCCUCAUCUGCAACCCGUACGAGAUCGACGAGGCGGCCGAGGUGAUGCACAGGGCACUUACCAUGCCCGAGGACGAGCGCACCCUGCGCAUGAACCACCUGCGCCGACGGGAGCGCAUAUACGACGUUAACAACUGGAUGAAGUCGUUCCUCCAGGUCAUGGGCUCCCUCGAGGAGAGGGACUCGGUCGGCGCGACCGUCAUGCAACCCGUCACCAUGGACGACUUUGACGAUUACCUCAGCAAGUACAUCGGUGACAAUCACAAGUUGGCGCUCCUGCUGGACUACGACGGCACCCUGGCGCCGAUCGCCACCCACCCGGACCUGGCGGUCCUGCCCCUCGAGACGCGCAACGUGCUCCAAAGGCUGUCCAAUCUGCCGGACGUGUACAUAGCCAUCGUGUCCGGGCGCAACGUCAACAACGUAAAAUCCAUGGUCGGGAUAACCGGCAUCACCUACGCCGGCAACCACGGCCUCGAGAUCCUCCACCCCGACGGGAGCAAGUUCGUCCACCCCAUGCCGUCCGUCUUCGAGAACAAAGUAGCCGGGCUCAUGCAAGCCCUUCAAGACCAGCAGCUGUGCAAGGACGGUGCCUGGGUGGAGAACAAGGGGGCCCUGCUGACCUUCCACUACCGCGAGACCCCCAUGGAGCGCCGGCCGGCGAUGAUCGAGCAAGCCAAGAAGCUCAUCGAGGAGGCGGGAUUCAAGCCGUGCCCGGCGCACUGCGCCAUCGAGGCCAAACCGCCCGUCGAGUGGAACAAGGGCCGUGCCUCGAUCUACAUACUCCGCACGGCCUUUGGCCUCGACUGGAGCGAGCGCAUAAGGAUCAUCUACGCGGGCGACGACACCACCGACGAGGACGCCAUGAAGGCCCUUAAAGGCAUGGCGGCGACGUUCCGCGUGACCUCGUCGCACAUUGUGCGCACUGCGGCCGAGCGGCGAUUACCGAGCACCGAUUCCGUGCUGACGAUGCUCAAGUGGGUCGAGAGGCACCUCAGCCGGCGCAAACCGCGCACCAACAACGACGUCUCGUGUAAAUUCCGGCGGGCCCAAUCCGGCGUCACCAUGGAGAUGUCCUUCACCCAGCCGUCGGCGUAACGAAACCGGCACCUAUUCCCCCUCCCCCCAACUCCUCUUGCUUCGAUGCGCCACCUAUACUCUGUUUUUCUUAUAUUAUUAUAACGACUUACAUUAACACAUAGCUUAGUUUAUCCCUAGUAGGCUCUAAGAUGAUUGUCUCUAUACGUUUAGUUUCACUGUAGAAUUAUUUUUCAUCAUUACCAAGCGAAGAGGCUGGACGUCGUCGAUGAUGGUGAUAUGCCAAAUUUGGGUAGCGGUAUUUCAUGGGAGCCGUUUGGGUGGCUUCUUUUGUUUUACCAUCAAUCACGACCGGUGGGAUCGGUCAUUUGUUGCUCAUGUGGUUCCUGAAACAAAGAUCUCCGGGGAAAACUUGUCGAGUUUUUUUUUUUUUUUUUUUUUUUUUUUUUUUUUUUUUUUUUU